CUUCUGCUCUCUUAUGUUCUAAAGUUCAUUUGUUUAACAGUGAAAAGUCUUUAUCACCUGUGUGAACCUGAACAUGAACCUGAACCAGGUUAAUCCUCAUCUUUACACCAACAACACUGUAAAAACGCUCUUCACUCACAGAAUCAUUACCAUCAACAACAGGCUGAGUUUUAUUAGUAAAAUUAAUGUUCAAUAUUUCUUCAUUAGCUGAGAAAUAAAUGCAUUAAAUGUUUUUUUUAUUUUAAGAUAAUUGUAAUUAGAGAAAAUUUCUAAUUUAAGUGUGUACAUGCAAUUGAUGUUUCAUGAGAAGCAGUGCUGAAACGAGUUCACUGUGAAAAUACAGUUUAUUAUUAUUCAGCAUCAUAAACAACAUUAAGCUGCUUCCGUCUGACUGAAGAGAAACUAUCAGCCAAAAACUCAUUUAAUUAACAGUCAAAUGAAUCAUUUAAUGCCUCCUUAUGACCAUAGACACUAAAACACAAUAAAAAUGCCCCAGUUUGUUUGGUGCAUUUAAUUAAACUAAAGACCACAGAUUACUUAAAGUGUUUAACAGCUGCAGUUACUAAAGUCUGAGUGAUGUUCAGAUGGAAGUCUGAUUCAGAAAGUGUCAGUCAGGUGUGAACAGACAGGAAGGAGACCAAAUCUGAAAUCUGAGUCAUUUAAUAGGCUGAUCAAUACAACACAGGGUCAUUUGCAUAAUGACACGUACUCAGUGACAUGAAAGUGAUAGUUCAGGUGAUCUGACGUGGUGUUGUGUGAGGUCGUCUUUUUUUUAUUUCAGGUGUGUGUCUCCAUGGCGUCAGGUGUGUGUGUGUUGCUAAUUGUUUGUGUCGGUGUGUGUGUGGCCUUUAACCUCGACACGUCAUUCCCGCUGCUGAAGACGGGCGGAGAUGGGAGUCUGUUCGGACUGUCUGUCGCCCUGCACCAAGACCUGAAGACAGACGCUUACAGGCUGUUGGUCGGAGCUCCCAGGGAGAAGGCGGAGCCUGAUGUUCCAGCCAAUCGAACAGGAGGCGUGUACAGCUGCCCGAUCACUGUGGACCAAUCAGACUGUAGCAGGAUGAAGCUCAUCGACCCGAAUGUGAACCUGGCUGAGGACCUGGUUGAAGACAUGUGGUUGGGUGUCUCAGUAGCGAGUCAGGGCCGACCCGGAGGGCGGGUCCUGGCAUGUGGACAUCGGUUUGUUAAACUCUAUGGACCAUUAGAACUCAGGCAGAUGAUUGGCCGAUGUUAUCUCCGUGGAAAUGACCUACAGUACGAUGACAACGACUCACACUGGCAGAACCCAGAGCAGCCCUGCAGUCACCUGGGUGAUGUCAGAGCAGAGGUCAUGUGUAACAUGGGGAUUUCAGCUUCCAUCACUCAGACUGAGGUCAUCGUCGGAUCACCUGGAAGCUACGAAUGGCAAGGAAACGUCCAUGUGUCCUGGAUGAACCCAGACGAUGUCUUUGACACUCAGAAGAACUCCUUCACCAACAUGCAGAGCAGGAACAUUUAUAUCGGAUACUCCAUCACUCAGGCUCGUCGUCUUCUCUCUGAACUUAAUGAAACCAUAGUAACAGGAGCUCCUAAGGACAGUAAAGAUGACGCCCGUGGCUCUGUGUUGCUGGCAGUGAAACAGAAUAAUAAACUGAUAGUUCAGCAGACUUUACGUGGUGAACAGACGGGCUCGUACUUCGGCAACGCCGUGGCAACCACCGACCUCAACAACGACGGCUGGAACGACCUGCUGGUGGGCGCUCCUUUUUACUUCCACCGUCAGCAGGAGGCGGGUGGGGCGGUCUAUGUCUACAUGAAUGCAGGAGGAAGGUUUGAUUCCAGACCCAGUGUGGUCCUGAGGGGGCCGGACAGAUCUGGGUUUGGUAUGGCUGUUACUGCUGCUGGAGACCUGAACCAAGAUGGCUUCCAGGACUUUGCAGUCGGAGCUCCUUUCCAUGAAACAGGAAGUGUGAUGAUCUGGACUGGGAGCAGCGGGGGGGUCUCUACAGAACCGAGCCAGGUGAUCAGGGGCACCAGCAUCUCUCCUGGGUUCAGGACUUUCGGGUACUCCCUGUCUGGAGGUCUGGAUGUUGAUGGGAACAGAUAUCCAGACCUGGUGGUUGGUUCUCUGGAUGACAGCGUUGCUCUGCUCAGAACUCGUCCAGUCAUCCACCUGAAUAAAACCCUCAGAGUUUCUCCAGACGUCGUCGACCCAAACAGCUGCGACUUCUGUAUCCAGGUGGAGGUGUGUUUCUCCUACAUCUUUAGUACCGGAGAGAGGAGAGACAGAGACAACAUCACUGUCCACUUCACUGUGACUGCUGACAUCACCAGUCUCAAGUCCCGCCUCCGUUUCCAUGCCAACAAGCAGAGCAUUUAUUCCGGUUACCUGUCGAUGCCGAGUAAACGGUGCGAAUCCCUGCGAGUGGGACUGCUGAGUCCAAUCCGAGACCAAGUGGAACCUCUGGUUUUCUCCCUGAAUGUCUCUCUGUACGAGAAGCUGCCGAAGAAAAGAGGUUCCAUGCAGGACCUGAAACGCCUCCCUGUGCUGAGCCAGACACCCCGACCCUUCAGAACCCAGAUCCAUAUCCAGAAGGCCUGUGGUUCUGAUAACCGUUGCCAUAGUAACCUGCAGAUGGCGGCUCAGUUCACAGAUGAAGACCAGAAACCCUUCACCAUGCAGAGGGGAAGUCAAGUGUUACACUACAACACCAGUGUUAACAGACUGUUUCUGGAGGUGAACGUCAGCAACACACCGUCACUGGGCCGACCAGCAGAGGAUGCUCACAACGCCAUUUUGAAUAUUAGCAUCCCGUCAUCGCUCAUAUAUUCUGGAGUUCGAACGAAGGGGGAGGCCACAACAACAGUGGGGUGUUCUAUUGAGAACACUGUUGUUCUGUGUGAGCUGGGGAACCCGUUCAAAAGCAACCAGAAGGUCCAGAUGUUCAUCAUAUUUCAGCUAUCAGACAUCAGUUUGGACACCAGGGAGAUUGAGUCUCUCCUGCAGCUGUCCACUCUCAGUGAACAGUCAGAUCUGUCUCCGGUCUCUGUCUCCAUGUUGGUGGAGUAUUCGCUGCAGACGUCCCUCACUCUAAUCAGUCCUUCAGGCCCCACCUCCUUCAGUGGCCAUGUGAUCGGAGAGUCGGCCAUGAAGAAGACAGAGGACGUUGGCAGUCUGCUACUGUUCACCUUUCAGGUGCACAUCAGCGGGAAGCCGCUGGGUCGCCUAGGCAACCUUGAGGUGAAGUUUGAUUGGCCGAGGGUGGUGUCCAAUGGAAAGUGGCUGCUGUACCUCACAGAGAUCCAAAUGAGCGGCACCUCAGACCCUAGCUGUAAUCCACCAGGCAAUAUCGUCAAUACUCUAAACCUUGAGCUGUCAAAGGAGGAGAAGAAGAGGGGGAGGAGGAGUCUUGAGGAGGAGGAGCUGAUGGAGGAGAAGCAGAGUGAAAACAGUCUCCCUGUCCUCCACCUGCAGCGGCAGAAGAAGAAGUCCUACACUCUGGACUGUUUAGGCGGGGCUGAGUGUGUGACAUUCGUCUGUCCACUGAUCAACAUGAACAACUCUGCGACUCUGACGCUCAAAGCCAGACUGUGGAACUCUACCAUGAUCGAGGACUACAGCGAUGCGAGGACUGUGGUGGUGAGGGGCCGGGCGACCCUGAAGCUGCAGACCAACAAACCCACCCUCAACAUGGAGCCUCACAGCACAGAGAUUGAGGUCCACAUUUAUCCAGACCUGGGCCAGCAGCUGGACUCCAGUGCCCCAUUGUGGAUCAUCGUGGUGUCUGUCCUGGCUGGAGUCUCACUGCUGGCUCUCAUCUGCCUGCUGCUCUGGAAGUGUGGUUUCUUUGUGCGUCGGACUGCAUGGCGGACUGCAGCGCUCCACCAGGGGAGGAUUAUGGGUAAACACAAGCAGCAGCACUACACGGACUCUGACGGUUUCCUGAUCCAGGACCACGUUCCCUCGUCCAGGAACAGGAAGUCACAGAAACACUGGGUUAGUUCCUGGACUGAGACCCACUGAGAGACUGGUCAUAUCCAUGGAAACGUACCCUGAACCAGAUCAAAUAAGACCAGACCAAACUGGACCAAACCUUACCAAACUGGACCAGACCAGACCAGACCAGACCAGACCAACACACUGCCAGACUGUGUGUAUGAGAGUGUGUGUGUAUGCUGACAUGUAACAACCUCAUAACUUGUUUACAGUCAGUUCAAUGUGUAUUAAGAAAAGAACAUAUGAGGUUUUCAGCUGACAGCAGCGUUCACUCUGUAAACAGCUGUUGGUUUAUUUGUAUAUGGAACCUUGUUUUUAUUAUUUAUCUUCAUUUAAAACAUGUCUAAUGUUUUAUUUUUAAAUAUAUGUAUGGUGUUUUCUGUAUAAACAUUUCCCAGCAUG